CGACUCAGGAGUCAGGACUUUACAUAAAUCUAUUGGUUUCAGCGAAAACUGUAGAUUUGAUGUUUUGAUAUCGUUCAGCUGAUGCUUUUGCACAGACAGAGGAUUUUGAUUCUGAAAAUAGAAAAUAAACGACAGUGUCCACGAUGAGCAAACCCGCCGGUUCAACAAGUGGGUGUUUGGAUAUUCUGAAUGUUAAAUCAAGUCGUAUCUUGGAUAUCCCGUGUAAAGUGUGUGGGGACCGGAGCUCCGGGAAACACUAUGGCGUGUACGCGUGUGACGGCUGCUCUGGCUUCUUCAAGAGGAGCAUCCGCAGAAACAGGACAUACGUCUGUAAAUCAGGUUCUCAGGGAGGAUGCCCCGUGGACAAAACGCACAGAAACCAAUGCCGAGCGUGCCGUUUGAAAAAGUGUCUUGACGUGAACAUGAAUAAAGACGCCGUUCAGCACGAGAGGGGUCCCAGGACUUCCACCAUACGCAAGCAGGUCGCCCUAUAUUUCCGGGGGCACAAAGAGGUGAACGGUUCAUCGACCCACUUCCCGGGCUCGAGCCUACCGGGGCCGCCGUUUUUCACUACGGUCACGCAAUUGGAGCCACAUAACUUGGAAAUGAGCACCGUAGCCAGCACGCCGGAGAGGCAGGCCAUCGUUGGACUGGCCCAGCCCACCCCGAAGUACCCUCACGAGGUCAGCGGCACGCCCAUGUACCUCUACGAGGUCGCUACGGAGUCCGUGUGUGAGUCAGCUGCGCGCCUGCUCUUCAUGAGCAUCAAGUGGGCCAAGAGCGUUCCCGCCUUCUCCACGCUCCCCCUACCUGACCAGUUGAUCCUGUUGGAGGACGCCUGGAGGGAACUGUUUGUUCUGGGCAUAGCGCAGUGGGCCAUUCCGGUGGACUCCAACACCCUGCUCGCUGUUUCCGGUAUGAACACAGACAACACAGAGUCCCAGCGGUUGAAUAACAUAAUCUCAGAAAUACAAGCCCUGCAGGAGGUCGUUACUCGCUUCAGACAGCUGCGUCUGGACGCAACCGAGUUCGCCUGUUUGAAGUGCAUCGUCACGUUCAAAGCUGCUGUGCCAACGCAUGGCGGGUCAGAGUUGAGGAGUUUUCGCAACGCCAGUGCCAUCGCUGCACUACAGGAUGAGGCACAGCUCACCCUAAACAGUUACAUACACACCAGAUAUCCAACUCAGCCCUGCCGCUUUGGGAAGCUGCUUCUGCUUCUACCAGCUCUGCGGUCAGUCAGCCCGUCCACCAUAGAGGAAGUAUUUUUCAAGAAGACCAUCGGGAAUGUGCCCAUCACAAGGCUCCUGUCUGAUAUGUACAAAUCAAGCGAUAUAUGAGUUUAUUUCCCCUGCUUCUGAGUGUCUGCAAAUGCUCAGACACAAAUGUUCUAAUGGGCGCAUGGCAAGUUGAACUUUAAGAAUGGAGUAAUUUGUAAAUUAUACAUGCAUAUUGAAGACAGUAAAAAAAGCUUGAUUUUACCAAGUAGAACAAUCAUCUUUGGGUUAGGCUUAAGUUUUGAGGAUGUAAUUUCCCUAAUAGAAUUGCCAAGCCAAUUUAAGUAGGUUACAAUUUCACAAAAUACUGCAAUCUCUGGUUUUUACAAAAUAAGGAUAAUCUUCAAUGGUAAAGACUUUAACAGUGGAAUGAGCUGUCCAUAAUUGAUGAGCCUAUAAAAAUGUGGAGAUGUUUUUGAGUGUCUCUAAGACCAAUGAGCUUCACAACAAAUGCCCUUUCAAUCUUUUAUUGCAUCGUUCAAUCUGAGUGAAUGGAAGAAACCAAAAAAGAUUACUCGCAACUCGAGCCACGGUCAAAUGUGAUAUGGGUUGCACUUGACCCAGUGCUGAAACCAAAGGCCGUGGAGUGUCACAACUGCCGAAGAGGAGGCACCACCUCCUCAAGAUGGGACAACACCGACUGUUCUCUACAAGCUCGUGUGAUGAUCCCAUACACUCAGAGGAUUGAGAGGAAAGAGCUGAUCAGGGUCCAUUUUCAUUUUUUUUUUUUUUUAUCUAUCUGGAUUUCGCCUAUCGGAUAGGAUUAAAUGUAUAGAAAUAUAAUUAAUAGAACGGGAGUCCCCAUUCAAGUAUAUGAUCAGUCUGUUCUAUUAAUUAUAUUUAUAUGCAUUUAAUCCUUCCUGAUAAGGGAAAACUAUAUACAGUACCAGUCAAAAGUUUGGACACACCUACUCAUUCAAGGUUCUUUCUUUAUUUUUUACUAGUUUCUACAUUGUAGAAUAAUAGUGAAGACAUCAAAACUAUGGAAUAACACCUAUGGAAUCAUGUAGUAAUGUAGUAAGUGUUAAAAUCAAAAUAUAUUUUAUAUUUGAGAUUCUUCAAAGUCGCCACCCUUUGCACACUCUUGGUAUUCGCUCAACCAGCUUCGUGAGGUAGUCCCCUGGAAUGCAUUUCAAUUAACAGGUGUGCCUUAUUAAAAGUUAAUUUGUGGAAUUCGUCUCCUUAAUGAGUUUGAGCCAAUCAGUUGUGUUGUGACAAGGUAGGGAUGGUAUAUAGAAGAUAGCAGUAUUUGGUAAAAGACCAAGUCCAUAUUAUGGCAAGAACAGCUCAAAUAAGCAAAGAGAAACGACAGUCCUUUACUUUAAGACAUGGUCAGUCAAUUUGGAAAAUGUCAAGAAAUUUGAAAGUCACAAAAAACAUCAUGCGCCAUGAUGAAACUGUCUCUCAUGAGGACUGCCACAGGAAAGGAAGACUCAGAGUUACCUCUGGUGCAGAGGAUAAGUUCAUUCGAGUUACCAGCCUCAGAAAUUGCAGCCCAAAUAAAUGCUUCACAGAGUUCAAGUAACAGACACAUCAAAACAUCAACUGUUCAGAGACCGUGACCGGUCUUCAUGGUCGAAUUGCUGCAAAUAAACCACUACUAAUGGACACCAAUAAUAAGAAGAAACUUGCUUGAGCCAAGAAACACAAGCAAUGGGCCUUAGACUGGUGGAAAUCUGUCCAAAUUUGAGAUUUUUGGUUCCAACCAUGUUCUCCGCAUGUGUGGUUCCCACCGUGAAGCAUGGAGGUGGUGGUGUGAUGGUGCUUUGCUGGUGAUACUGUCAGUGAUUUAUUUAGAUUGCAAGGCACACUUAACCAGCAUGGCUACCACAGCAUUCUGCAGCAAUACACCACCCAAACUGGUUUGCACUUAGUGGGACUAUAAUCAGUUUUUCAUCAGGAUAAUGACCCAACAAACCACCAAGGCUGUAUAAGGGCUAUUUUACCAAAAAGGAGAGUGAUGGAGUGCUGCAUCAGAUGACCUGGCCUCCACAAAUACUCAACCCAAUUGAGAUGGUUUGGGAUGAGUUGGACCGCAGAGUGAAGGAAAAGCAGCAUAUGUGGGAACUCUGUCAAGACCGUUGGAAAAGCAUUCCUCAUGAAACUGGUUGAGAGAAUGCCAAGAGUGUGCAAAGCUGUCACCAAGGUAAAGGGUGGCUACUUUGAAGGAUAUAAAAAUAUAUUUUGAUAUAAAAAAAUGUUGGUUACGACAUGAUUCCAUGUCUUCACUCUUAUUCUACAAUGUAGAAAAUAGUGAAUAUAAAGAAAAACCCUUGGAGAAGGUAUUGAAACUUGACUGGUACUGUGUGUAUAUAACUGGCCCUGAGGACUUGAGAAAAGCUGUUUUAAGCUCUCAAAUUUAGAAAUAAAACAAGUAAUUGUAAUGAGCAGGGUUCUAUGUUCAAGGCUGAGUGAAAUGUCGCCUGUUUGUGUUGGUGUGUCAGUGUGUGGGGAAGAAUUAAAAAUGAUUACUUUGAAGUUAGACACUAACACUGGAAAAAAAUAUUCAGCACUUGGAUUUUUGCUGUUGGCUGUAAAUAUUUUCUCUGUUGUACAAAGUGGGAGUAAUAAUUUUGUGAGAGUUGUCCUGAAAUAUAUUAGAAGAAUAAAUGAUAUUGAAUUAUA